AUGGCGAUGGAUGGUACAGAUGUAAGUUUUCCAAACCUUCGUCUGAUACCAGACGGGGAUCUGUUGCUCUCCCCAGCAAGACGCGCUUCCAUUUCGGCCAUUGCUGUUUCGGCCACUCGCCGAGCAUCUUUUGGAGGCAUCAGUAACAGUUUUCGUCGUACCUCGGUUCCAAACAUUUCAUCAGAUCUUCAGGGAAUUGUUGAAGGAGAACAUUUCGUAGACGAAGCCGAACUCUUUGACACCACACCAUCCGGUUCCGGUAAAAAAUCUAAGUCGCGCAGGCGUUCUGACGCAGCUGUUGAUGGUCAGGAGGAAAAGGAGAAGGUAGUGGAACCAUCUGCCGAGGAAAAGAAAGAGGCCUUCCGAAGUUUCCUCAAUGAAACACUAAAAUCCGUCUUCGAUCUGAUCAUGGUCAACGACAAGAUUAACAUCACCAUAGACAACGUAUUCCCGCUCAUGAAGACGCUUGAACUGGAUACCAAAGAUGAGGCUAUCCUGGAUAUGGUCCGAACCUCCUGUAUUGAGACGUUCGGCGAUAUUGACGAGGAAGAAUUCGACACUGCCAUUGUGGACCUCAGGAAACGGAGUGUGGGGGAGGAUUUCGAAGAUGACAUGAGAUCAGCAUUCAAUCUGAUAGAUUAUGACGAGGACGGAUUCAUCACCACCUCGGAUAUCUACCAGCUGAUGAUGGGACUGGGGGAGAUGCUGACUGACUAUGAGCUGGACGAUCUACUCAAGGCCGCUGAUAAGGACAGGGACGGGAAGAUCAGUUACAAAGAUUUCAAGCUGUUUCUGGUUGGUGAGUGGACAGAGGAGGAUGAAAUCCGUGAAAAUGGUGUUGAUAUUGCCGAGGAGGAAGAAAAUGAGGAAAAGAAAGAGGAAACGAAAGAUAACGGGAGCAAAGAAGGAAAAGCUGAAAACGUCGAAGAAACAACUAAACCUAGCGAUAAAGAGGAAAUAGAAGAAGAGAAAAAGGAUGGGAAUUACAAUCAAGAAGAGAAGGGUGAGGAAAAGAUGGAAGAAGAAGAGAAGGAAAAAGUCAAACCAUCCCCGAAGUCGAGAAAUAGUUUGUUGUGGGGAUACCUUAGCUCCGAGAAAGAGGAGGAAAGCGACGCAAUGACUAAGUAUUUACAACAACUGGAAGCUAAGGAAAAAGAAAUUGAAAAUAUCAAAGCUGAAAACGAAAAUGGAAAUAAGGAAACGUCGGAUGAUAACGAAGAUGAACUGAAAGAAAAAAAUGAUGAAAAGCUAGAGUCACCUAAAGAAGAGGAAGGCUCAACACCUGUAAUCGAUGAUAAAAAGGAAGAUGGCGAUGUCGGCAGUAGUGUGAAAUGUAUAGAUGACGUUGAACAUGAUACCGAUUCAAAACCUCCGGAUGACAUUGACAAUGAUUCAAAACCUCCAGGGCACGUUGACGAUGAUUUAAAAUGUCGAGGAGACGUUGACGAGGCUUCGAAACCACCGGGAGACGAUGACGUUGAGGGUAUCGAAGAUGCUCGGAGUGUGAUUUCCGUAACGGUUAAACACCUAGAUUCUAUAAUGGAGGAGGGUGAGGAUGAUCAGGAUCAUGGCCAUGUGCCCGUCUCGAGACCUCAAAGUAUACGAAAGUCUCAACUUAUCAGACAAAGUUCUUCAGCUUCACUGCGCAUUCGGCCAAGUUCGGGUCUGACUGAAUCAUCCAUUGACGCUUUUGGGGAUGAUUCCGGGAUUGAUUUUAUAGAUGGAGAUGAUUUAAAAAACGAGGAGGUGUUUGAUAAUUUCGACGAUGAAGGGGUUUAUUCCAGAGAAAAUUCCGCAAAAGACCGUGUUCUGUCUGCGAAAAGUCGUGGGUAUCAUUCUCAAAAUUCGCAUAUUUGCCAAUCUAUUGAGGAGGCACCUAAAGAUGGAUUUUGGGAGGAAGAUGUUCCUAAUGAAGGGCAAAGAUCAGUCAGUACACAGUUAAAUUUUUACGCUUCCGAUCCUGUUAUAAAAGAAAUCAUAAAAUCCAAGUCGCACAGACUCCAUCUUUGCACGGAAAACAAUGGUUCCAUUGGUCCAUACUACGGAAAAAGGGAAGCGGAUUCAUCAAUUGACCUAGAGUCGGACAUAAGUGUAGAUCAAUCAACUAAAGUGAGCGCUGACCGGAAAACACAAGAGAGCUCCAAUAAACGCUUACACGUACAGAAUCUGGUGGUUAAUCAUUCGUACUGUGAGGCGGGCGUGGAGGAGGUGGACACCGAUAGAAUGGAGUAUGGGGACGAACUUGACGUUGAUCAGAACUUCCGGCCGUACUCUGCUAUAAGAAGACCGAGGACGGCGGUGACAUUUAAAGAGGCAAAAAGGCGAGGGAUGACGAAAUCAACCAAUGAGGAAUAUUCUAAGUACGACUCUGGGAUUGAUUCCCCGGACACCGACGACGACAAAGGUGUCAGUAUAGUGGAUCUAUCUCAAAGACUUAAUACGCAAUUCGGUGAGUUAGAGGCCCCCAACCAGUCACUACAACACCAUGGUUACAAGAGUGUGUGGCCUUUAGCCCGCGUAAUGGCGGCGUAUAACAAUAAAUAUAACGAAGGUAAGAGUAUGCAACUUAACUCUAUAUCACGGAGAUUGGAACGUCGCGAGAUACCCGUAUGUUGGAAUGAGCGUGAAAACCCCAAUAUAACAUUUCGGGAAAGACCUCAAACAGCACGGGAAACCUUUGAAUAUUAGAGUGAACUCGAGACCUCAAACUGCUAGAGCUCAAAGUAGUGCUGGAAGCCGACAGAGGCCAUCGACAGCGGGUAGGAAUAUUCGAGCAAGGCCAAACACAGCUGAUUCGGCUCGGGUGUCAAAGCCGCCUGUUCACCAUGUCGUGUUAAAUCACAGUUCUGUGAAACAAUCCAACGGCGGUAUAAUCAACUUAUCGCUGCCAUUUCAAACAGACAGCAAAACACGGUACAAGCGCGUGUCGCAUUGCUCCAACUACGGACAAAAUAGCACCCUUACCUGCUGACGCGAUCGUGCAUUAUGAUUGUGAGGUCAUAAUGAAUCAAAUUUAACCCAUGUUCAAAUCAAAUACCCAAGGUGGUCAAAUUUUGUUACGAAGCAGGAAUAUGUUAUAUAAUAGUUAGUAGAUUUGUUAGUUAGAUUUCUUAACUGCGUUUUUACAAUAUAAGAGAGGUUUAACAACCAGGCAUGUACUUUAGGGUUAUCUUACAAUUAUGCUUAUUCUAACACCAAAUGCAGAGGAUAUUUUAUCAGAAAAAAAUACUGAAAGAUUUAGACUUACACGUAAGAUUCGCAAACGGUUUAACUGUCCAACAUUACUGUAGUUAACUGUUACAUGUACAUGUGUAUAGCAUGCUAAAUAUGUACUUACAGUUUCAACGAGCACGUGGAAUUCUAACAUACCUACCCUCGCGAGGUUGCUAAACCUCUCCCAAACAACUCUCGGUAAUCUCCGGAUGACUCCUCGGUAAUCUCCGGAUGACUCCUCGGUAAUCUCCGGAUGACUCGUUAGAUUAUUACAGAGCGCUGUUAUUGUGACUUUCCAAUUCUGUUCUUUGUUAUGUAUUUAUAAUUUUUAUAUUUGUAAAAAAAAUGCUAUUUAGUUCUACUUAGAGCAAGUAUGAUCUAUUUUUAGUUUUAUAUAUUUUAGAUUUAAUUACAAUGGUAACGAUACCUGGUACAACUAGGCUGAUACAGAUUCGUUAUUGAUAUGCUAUCUUUGUCAAUAUGCAAUGUAAUGCGUAAUCAAAUAAUUCUAUUUUCUAUGCUAUCAUGUACUAAUAUCAUGAUAUUAAUGCAUAAUUAAUUGAAUCUCGAUGUAAAAAACUGCGGUGGUUUUCUCUCUCAGACUAAAUAUUUUUCCUCUGAUGUGUAACCCUUUACAACAACAGCAGGCUAGAGCAACGCUGCUAAAAUAUUUGUUAAGUUUUUGUUGUUUGGACUGGGUGGGGACUUGUAGACUAUCCACGUGUAAACCGAACCAUAAUUCUAACGGUACACAGUAAUAACUAUGAACAUUAUUAAUAGAUGCACAUAUUGCAAAUAUUUUAAAUUCAAAAAUUGAAAUCGCAUGCCAUCAAUAAAUUUGAUUUUCAGUCAAACAAAUUAAUUGAUUGGUAAUGGGGAACAGUUAUCAACCAAUUAAACAACACGAUUCAACUCAAUUUAUCAGCUGAUCCAUGGAAACAGAUUUCGUUGACUGGACUUCAGUUUUCUGCAUUUAACAAGGGAGAUAACUAAAUGCAUCACUUCCGCCAAAUAGGCAAAUAAUGGAAUGAUGUUGAUAAUAAAAUGGCAAGAGUCUUCGUGUCAUCGAUGACACCCGUCAUGGGAAUCUAGGUCCAAUCAACGUAAUGCAGUUUUCUCAAAAUAAGAGUCAUGAAGACCCAUGAAAUUUUAUGAAAUGUAUUUUGUUUUGAAAAAUAUAUAAGACUUCAAGUAAUUUAUAAAGAUUCUUAACGCAAUAGUGUACAUCUAUCCUUGGCUCAUGCUAAACAAAUUAAUGUCCCUCGGGUGUUUUUUUUUUUUUUUAAUUUUCAAUUUCGAGUUAGAAUUACGGUCUCGUGAAUAUGUCUUUAUUGUCUUGUUUUUCUGGUUAAGAUAAGGCGUACAAAAGUGCUUCAAGUGUGGAUGUGUGUAAUUGGUCAUAAUACAGUAGUGCGAUAAGAUUGAAUGUAUAUGCUUUCCAACUAGUCGACAAUAACGGAAACAUACAUGUGCAGUGUACAACUUGAUGUUAAGGCCAUCUGUUAGAUCUGUGCAUACCCAACAUGUAAACAUUGAUGGUAAAUAUUGAUACUACCAGUAUUUAACCACUUCUCCAGUUUCAGAUUUCAUAAAUAGAAACAGCGAAAUGAAGAAGCAUAAUAUGUAAACUGUAAUUUGGCCAUAAUGUGGUACCAUCCUGUUCUUGAUUAAAACGAUAAUCAUAUUUGUUUUCUAUUGGUACAAACUUAAGAAAAUAAGUAAUAUAUAUUAUUAAAAAUCUAAUUUUCGGGUUAACAAACUCUUAAUCGACCUCAUCAAAAGGCUCCAAAAAGUAGACCUCAUUCGAAAUACGUUAUUGUUUGACAAUAAGAGUAGACAAUAGAACAUUUUAUAACUUUAUCAAAGUUGUUUACACUCCUGUAAAUAACAAUUAAGAUAUUGUCAAUUUAUGCAUGUUGCUGACUUUGUGUAUUUCUGAUUUAAUUAGUAAUGCCUUAUGCUACUUCCUCUGUUAACAGUAUAAUUACAAAAGUACAUAAUAUCUUGGAAUGAACUUGCCAAUGUAAACGUAUCGGUAUUUUGUUGAAUCAUUUCUUUAAUAUAACGUUUUUACUAUAAUUUGACAAAUUAAGAUGUUAUUUAAAUCUCGCUUAAACAACAGAAAGAGACAAACAUGUUAUUCAUCAUAUCAAUACGAUUGAAGAUACCAACAGAAUAUAUUUCAAUUAGGUUGAUGGGAUCAACAGAAUAUCUUUCAAUAAGAAUGACGAUAUCAACAGAAGAUAUUUCAAUAUGAUUGAUGAGAUCAACCGAAUAUAUUUUAAUACGGUCGUCGAGAUCAACAGAAUAUAUUUCAAUAAGGUUGACGAGAUGAACAGAAGAUAUUUCAAUAAGGUUGACGAGAUGAACAGAAGAUAUUUCAAUAAGGUUGACGAGAUCAACAGAAAAAAAUAAAUGGACGUUCUUCUGUUAUACAUCGUUGUAGUUGUUUAAACAUGUAAUAGUGCUGUGAUACAAUAUUCAUUAAUGAUAUACUCAUCGUCUUCAUUAUAAAUGUGCCAAACACAACUGAUAGUAAUCGUUUAAUUCCUUUUUUAACAAUAGUCUGUUAUUUGUAUAAUUUAUAUAUUGAUUGUGAAUACUGUUGUGUAUGGACUAAAUGUUAACUCUUCAGAUUAAAGAUAAAAUAUUAACGCGCCUCAGCAAAUUAAGCUUUAUAAUUAAUAUAUUUCAUUGCAAACACAAACCGUUGAAAUGGUGAAGUUCUGGGGUUAUUGGCCAUAUUAAACACAAUUAAGGGAUUUGACAAUCAUAAAGGUUACAGUACAACAUGUAAAUCUAAUAUGUAAAGUUUUGGAUUCGAUUCAAUUAAAUUCCAGUAUGAAAUGA